AGGGAAAACUGGCACUAGUACAUGGGGCCGAGGCCAACCAGUCAAGUGCAAAACAAACAUGGCGCCCGAAGUUAGCGAUAGUAGCGUGAAAUUGAGUGAGAAUGAUAUACCAGGAGCUUCUUUGUGUGGUCGAAAACCCGAAGAAUUGAAAACCGAUGAGUUGAAGUUUUGGCUUAGAUGUCGUGGGGACAAUGGGAAAGGAUUAAAAACGAAAGCACAGCUCGUUAAAAGAAUCAACGAUUAUAUUUCAUCGGGAAGAGAUAAAAAAAUAUUUGAUCCUGAUCCAAACAAAAUAUAUUCCCAAAGAAAGGAAUCACAAAGUACAAGCGCCGCGAAUGACGACUCGACUUCUUGCACAACGCAGCCUUUAAAAUAUCCAGCAAACGAUUGGAGUCUGUCUCUUCAAAAGAUGCCCGUAUUUACGAGAGCUAAUAUUGAUGUACACAUAGCGAAAACAGGGAAAAGAAUUGCCAACAAAGACCAGCAUAGCAUCCCAACUGCGUUGCAAAAAGGCAAGAGAUUCGACGAUGACGAGUAUCUUGAGGAAAUACGUUGUGCUUGUGACGAAAACUACUUCUAUGUGAAAGCACAGUGUACUCACAGUUUCUCAAAAAACGAUCUGCCCCAUCAAUUAAAAAUUGCCCUCAAUAUAAUAUCUGGUAAUGUGGAGCAUGCGGUAUGCACUUGUAUAUCAGGGAAUGCUGGACUUUGCAACCAUAUGAUAGGACUGAUGUUUAAACUUUGUAAGUUCACCAUAUAUAAAUGCACAGUGACUACAGAUCUUAGCCAUGAAGCUGACCAGCAAGCCACCCUAGCUUGCACAUCUAAGUUGCAACAGUGGCACCAGAAAGGAGGUGGCAAAAAAAUUAAGCCAGAACCAGUCAUGGAGAUGGUUAUUGAAAAAACAAAACUCAACGAUACCAAGACUAGGUCUGGGGUAAAGUGUCUACUCUAUGAAGCAAGAAGGAACUGUUUGCAUGACAUGAAAGCUGAGCAGAUACUGAGAGCGACUCUUUCUACAACUGAACCAAACUGUGGCUUUACGCAUAUGUCAAAUGUGCAAGUACAAGAGAGUAAAGAAACAAAGUAUGGUAAAUGUCCCAAAGGGUCAUACACAUCUUAUCAAGUGGGGUAUAGUGAGGCAAACUUUACUGCUGUUGCAGAUAUUAAUACAAUAACAAGACUUGCACUACCUAUUGCAGUCAAUCUGGUCUAUCCACAAUUGCCAUUGAGAAAUUCAGAUGAAACUCUACAAAUUCCAGAUGGUAUGAGUAAUGAUGAACUUUCCUUUCUGCGUGGCUUGGAAGUAGAUGAAAAAAAGAUCAAUGAAAUUGAAAAUGAAUCAAGGGAACAAGCCAAUUCUGCAAGAUGGUCUGAAGAACGAAGGUGGAGGUUUACUGCUUCCAACUUCCACACUAUCUCAAAGAGACAAAGAAACCACGACAAUUUUGCUGACUCCCUUAUAAACCCUAAAGAGGUCAAAACAGUUUAUACUGAGCAUGGGAAAAGGUAUGAGUCAACUGCUUUACUAGAAUACCACAAAUUCAUGUUUCAUCAAAAAACACCAGUAAAAGUUUUACCCUGUGGAUUGGUUGUGUCCAAAGAUUUCCCUAUUCUUGGGGCAAGUCCAGAUAGUAGGGUCAAUGAUACUGGUUGCGUUUACCACUUUGGAAUUGCUGAGGUGAAAUGCCCAUACAAGUAUUUUAAUGUUCAUCCCCUCAAUGCUGCUGAUGAUUCAAAAUUUUUUAUGGAGAAGAUCAGUGAUAAACAAUGCAAAUUAAAGGAAAACCACAUGUAUUACUCACAAGUUCAGGGGCAAAUGGGCAUCACAGGUGCUAUGUGGUGUGAUUUUAUUGUAUACACAAAAGUUGGCCUCUAUGUUCAAAGAAUCUCUUUUGAUCCAGACUUCUGGAAUCAGCUCAGACAACAACUAGUUAGUUAUUUCUUUAAUCAUUUUAUCCAUUUUGCUGCUAAGAGUUACAGUGAACAACAGAAUGAUAAUUAGAAUUUUUUUUUUAAAUAUUGAGAC